AUGGCUGCCCCACAUGGUUCCUGCGACCCCGCAUUCAACCGCGUGCGUGACCUUCUCCAGGAAAAACUGGCAUCAGGAGAAGAAGUCGGUGCUUCAAUCUGCGUUAAUGUCGAUGGAAAGAAUGUCCUCGAUAUCUGGGGCGGUUAUGCAGAUGCCGCCAAGUCCCGCUCAUGGGAAAAAGACACCCUGAUCGUGGUCUUCUCAUCUAGCAAGGUAGUCACUGCCCUGGCCGCGCUGAUCCUCGUUGAUCGCGGCCUGCUAGAUGUCGAAGAGAAAGUGUCAAAGUACUGGCCGGAGUUUGCAGCCAACGGUAAGGAAGACACAAAGGUGUGGCACCUCCUCAGCCACUCCUCUGGUCUGCCCCACUGGGACCAGCGGAUCCCAAUGGAUACCAUAUACGAUACUAAAGCUUCGACUGAGUUGCUCGCUGAGCAGGCUCCCUGGUUCAAGGCUGGGGAGUCGACCGGCUACCAGCUGAUAAACCAUGGCCAUUUGAUCGGUGAGCUGGUGCGACGCAUUAGCGGCAAGUCAUUGAAGCAGUUCAUUGCCGAUGAGAUCGCGGGUCCUUUGGGCGCGGACUUUAGUCUCGGUGUGGCUGAAAAGGACUGGCCGCGUACGGCGGAUAUCAUUCCUGCUGCUCCUACGUCUCUGCCAGAGGUCGACCCGAAAAGCGUUGUGGGUAGAGCUUAUGGCAACAUUACAUUGAAGCCUGAGGAUGCCCAGACCCCCGGGUUCAGAGGUACUGAGAUUGGUGCCGUGAAUGGGUUUACAAAUGCGCGCGCGCUCGCUCGGAUUGGUUCAAUGGUGUCCUUGAAAGGGACUGUCGAUGGGAAGCAGUAUGUUGGACUAAAGACUAUCGACCAGAUGAUCCAGGAACGGAUUAGCGGUAUCGAUCUGGUGUUAUUCAUGAACUUUAGAUUCGGACUUGGAGUUGCCCUACCUGUGCCGGAGGUUAUCACCUUUAUCCCCGAAGGAAACAUUUGCUUCUGGGGAGGUUGGGGUGGAUCUAUGGUGGUCAUGGAUGUCGAUCGCCGCAUGACUAUUGCUUAUGCCAUGAACAAAAUGGGAGCAGGAAUAUUGGGCAACGAAAACGUCAAGGCUUACGUCGAAGCGAUUUAUGAAAUUAUGAGAGACAAUAAGCGGUCUGUAUCCCUGUGA